AAGUUUAGGCAGUAGGAAGUUUCUGCUGAGGUCUGGCCUGGAGAUACAAAGACCCUCACCUGACGUGUAUGACUGGACUCUAAGGAGCGAGCUUUCACCUGACCUCAAAGAGUCUACAUGUCUAAUAUUUAGACAUGUUCAGCUUUGUGGAUACCCGGCUAGUGUUGCUCCUAGCAGCAACUGUAUUUUUGGCAAACGCUCAAGGCGAGGAUGACUAUCCAUUCGGCAGCUGUAUGAAAGAUGGCCAGUUGUACAACGAUAAAGACGUAUGGAAACCUGAACCGUGCCAGAUCUGCGUGUGUGACAGCGGCAACAUCCUCUGCGACGAUGUGAUCUGUGAGGAAGCCAUUGAAUGCGACAAUCCAGAGAUCCCUCACGGAGAAUGCUGUCCCAUCUGCCCCGAUGCCGAGGUCGCCCAAGAGCCCUACCCAGAAGUCCAGGGACCUCCAGGACCAAAGGGAGAGCGUGGAAUGAAAGGUGACCGGGGACUCCCUGGGCCUUCUGGCAACGAUGGCAUCCCUGGACAGCCUGGUCUCCCUGGCCCCCCUGGUCCUCCUGGUCCCCCUGGCCUUGGCGGAAACUUCGCUCCUCAAAUGGGUGCUGGCUAUGAUGAGAAGUCAGGCGGUGGAAUGGCAGUUCCCGGCCCCAUGGGUCCAAUGGGUCCCCGUGGUCCUCCUGGACCUGCAGGCUCUCCCGGUCCCCAAGGUUUCCAAGGUCCACCCGGUGAGCCUGGUGAGCCUGGUUCUGCUGUGAGUAUAUGAUUCAUAUCCAAUAGUUUUAGUAGGUUCAUUUUUGAUG